AUGAUGAAAUCAGAAAAAAGCAGGAAGAAAAAGAUUCUAUACAAAUGCUCUCUUGGAAAUACAAUUAGUGAUGUACUAGCUGGACGUGAUGGAUGGACGGAAACGACAGCAGACGAUUGGAACUUCUUCUGGACAACACGUGAAUGGAUGAAUACCACAUUCGAUCGUUUCAAGUUUAAAGAUCGUCAGUUUGUGUGCCAUUUCAGAAACGACUUUGAACUGACAAGAAAGGAUUUUUUGAUCAAAAAUUAUAAAAAAGCCAAAAAGUCUUUGGGAAAGCUGGAGUUGAAACAGGAUUACUCCUAUAUCCCAUCCAGCUAUUUGUUACCUUCUGAGUAUCAUCUAUUUGUGGAAGAAUUUCGAAAAUAUCCUCCUGACACAAUAUGGAUUAUGAAGCCCGUAGCCGGAUCACAGGGGAGAGGAAUCUUCUUAUUUAGAAAGCUAAAGGACAUUCAAGAAUGGAAAAAGAAAGACACUCAUGACAAUGAUAUUGUUCCCUAUGUUGUGCAAUGCUACAUUCAUAAUCCUUACUUAAUUGGAGGCAAGAAGUUCGAUUUACGCAUCUAUGUUCUUGUAACAACUUUUCGACCUCUGACUGUGUGGGUUCAUCGUGAAGGAUUUGCACGUUUCUCUCAUUCGCCAUACUCAACUGAGGCUGUGGAUAAUGCUCUUGUGCAUCUAACGAAUGUGGCGAUAGCAAAAACGGCUGUAGACUAUGACCCAGAGAGAGGAUUGAAAUGGAGUUUGGAUAAGCUAUUUCGUUUCUUAAGAGCACGUCAUGGUCAAAGCCAGAUUUUGCAAGUUAUGGACGACAUUGCAAAUAUAAUUCUGGAGAGUCUACGUUGUGUACAAGGAUUGAUAAUACAGGACUCACAUUGCUUCGAAAUGUAUGGUUACGAUGUUCUUUUGGACGCAAAUCUUAAGCCUUGGCUUCUUGAAGUUAAUGCCAGUCCAUCUUUGACUGCUUCAAGUACAGAAGAUUUCCAAAUGAAAUCGCGCGUAUUAAACAACAUGCUGGAUAUAAUUGAUUUGGAACAACGAUUAAAUGGGCAUGAGAUUCAAGUUGGUGGAUUCGAUUUACUUGUUCAUGAAGGAGACGUUAUCAAUAUACCACGUUCGGGAAUACUGAACCGACCAUCAACCAUGUUUUCAUCUCGAUCUAAUCUGCGCCUCGGAGAUUACUUGGAGUCUAAGAAAGCCUGCCCUAACACGUGA